GAAGGUGACUCUUCAUCAACAACAAUCUAAAAAAUUAAUUUAAUCCAAAAGUGAUUCAUUUAAUAAAAGUGAUCAUUUAAUUGUUGACUUUUAGCUCCUUCAACAGCAUCAAAAAAUCAACAUAAAAUCUCAUCAAUUGUCUUGAUCAAGUUUCUUUUGUUUUGACCAAAUAAUCAAAGUGAUUGAUUGAUUAAAAUGUGUCGCAUUAAAUCAUUGACCACCGGCGAUCCUAAUGAUCCAAUUGUGAAUAAAAUUAACCAACAAUCAAAGGAAUUGUUAACUAAAUCAAGUGACAGUGGAAUUUACCUUUAUAUUAACAAAGAUUCUUAUGGAAUCGUUUGGAAAAAUGUUAUUGUAUUUACGAUUCUUCAUUUGCUGACAAUUUAUGCGACAAUUGUUUUGAUCCGAGAUCGAGUUUGGAAUACUUGGAUUUUCGCUUAUUUGUAUGGAUUCCUUGGUGGAUUAGGAGUGACUGCUGGUGCCCAUAGACUUUGGUCUCAUCGAUCUUACAAAGCAAAGUUUUCGUUGCGACUGUUUUUAGCCUGUUGUUUCUCGAUCGCAGGUCAAAAUGAUCUAUUAACUUGGUGUCGAGAUCAUCGAGUUCACCAUAAAUUCUCAGAGACAGAUAGUGAUCCACAUAAUUCACGAAGAGGUUUUUUCUUUGCUCAUGUUGGUUGGUUGUUGACUCGAAAACAUCCAUCGGUCAUUGCAGAUGGAAAGAAAGUCGAUUUAUCCGAUCUAAUGGAUGAUCCAAUUGUGAGAUAUCACCGAAGAUUCUAUCCGAUUUGUUAUGUUGUCUUCAUUAUUCUGAUUCCGUGGUUUGUUCCAGUCUGUGUAUGGUCUGAAUCAAUAUCGACAUCACUUCUAAUUGCUGUAAUUUGGCGAUAUGUGACUAGUCUGCAUUGUACUUGGUUCGUGAACAGUGCAGCUCACAUGUGGGGUGAUCGACCAUAUCGAUCGACAAUCGGAGCUCGAGAAAAUUAUUUCGUCUCUUUCGCUGCUUUUGGUGAAGGUUUUCACAACUUCCAUCAUUCAUUUCCAUGGGAUUAUGCGACCAGUGAAUUGGGUUGGAAGUUAAAUCCAACGAAAGUUUUCAUUGAUUUAAUGUCCAAAUUGGGAUUAGCUUAUGAUCUGAAAACCGUUAAGCCAGAGACGAUCCUUAGAAUUACUGAUAAACAUCAUCAACAAAAAUAAUUAAUAUAAAAAGAAAAAGAAAAAGUUGAAAAAAUCAUUUAAUUGAAUGAAUUCAAUCGAGUCAUUAAAAGACCGAAGUUAAAUUAAUUUAAUCGAAAAUUUAUACAAUUAAACACAAUUGAAUUUUUAUCAAUAA